AGGGGAGGUGAGAUUGCUAAAACAAACUCCAAAUCUUUUUUUAAUCCACCAUUGAUAUAUAGAGACACAGAUAAACAGAAAGAAGUUCGCUUUCUGGGUUCAUCGGGAAAAAUAGUGGAUGGCAAUUAAGAAGAAGAUAGAGGAGAAGCAGAAGGGAGCAGUGCAACUGGGUAAAUACGAGAUUGGGAGGACUCUGCUAGGGGAAGGAAAUUUCGGGAAGGUGAAAUUGGCCACGCACGUCGAUUCUGGGUUGCAGUUCGCCGUUAAAGUUUUUGAAAAGAACAAAAUCGUCAGCCCCAAGAUCAACGAACAGAUAAUCAGAGAGAUCGCCACCUUGAAACUCCUCAAACAUCCAAACGUGAUUCGAUUACAUGAGGUUUUGGCAAGCAAAACCAAGAUUUACAUGGUGCUAGAGUAUGUACCUGGAGGGGAUUUGUUUGACAGAAUUGCAAACCGUGGAAAACUCUCUGAAACUCAAGGGAGGAAGCUUUUCCAGCAGCUGAUUGAUGGUGUGAAUUACUGUCAUCAAAAAGGGGUUUUCCACCGCGAUCUUAAGCUUGAGAACCUUCUUGUUGAUGCAAAGGGAAACAUAAAGAUAUCUGAUUUCGGCCUCAGUGCAUUGCCUCAACAUGUUAGGGAGGAUGGGUUACUUCAUACAACCUGUGGCAGUCCUAAUUAUGUUGCCCCAGAGAUUAUUGCUAAUAGAGGGUACCAGGGUUCCACUCCAGAUAUAUGGUCCUGUGGUGUCAUUUUGUAUGUUAUCCUUACAGGAUUUCUCCCUUUCGAUGAUAGAAAUAUGGUGGUUCUAUAUCAGAAGAUAUUCAAAGGAGAUACUCAAAUUCCUAAAUGGAUAUCACCGGAAGCUCAGAACUUGAUAAGAAAGAUUCUUGAUCCAAAUCCUGAUACUAGAAUAACAAUGGUGGGUAUCAAGGAAGAUGCUUGGUUCAAGCAAGAUUAUACUCCCACAGUUCCAGAUGAUGAAGAGGAAGAUAAAUACAUUGAUGAUGAAGCCUUCUCAAUGAGUGAACCGCCAUCUUCUGCACCCAAGUGUCCAGAAUCACCUACCCUCAUCAACGCUUUUCAGUUGAUCGGAAUGUCCUCGUGUCUGGACCUCUCUGGUUUCUUUGAGAACGAGGGUGUGUCUGAAAGGAAGAUCAGAUUUACCUCCAAUCAUUCAGCAAAAGAUUUGCUCGCAAGGAUCGAAGAUACUGUGACAGAAAUGGGAUUUAGAGUCCAAAAGAAAAAUGGAAAGUUGAAAGCAACACAAGAACACAGAGGUCAGAGAUGUUUGGGCAGUCUUUCAGUAGCAGUCGAGGUAUUUGAGAUUAGUUCAUCCUUGUAUGUAGUUGAAUUAAGAAAAUCAUAUGGUGAUUCUUCGACCUAUAGACAGUUGUGUAAAAAGCUAUCUAGUGAUUUAGGCAUUCCUCAGAGCCAAGAACUGCUGUCAACGGAGCUUGAAAACAACAUUGAAGGAGAUAUGAGGCUGCACGUACGUGAAACUGAAUUUUCCUAGUUAUAAUGUAAUUGUUGAAAAUUUUUCAAUUUUUUCCCUGGUUAUAAUUGAUUAAAUAUAAAUAAAAUAUAGUUGAAAGU